AUGUCGGCGUUGGACAAACUUAAAACCAUCUUUCCGUUGGAUUCCCCCCAGCCUACACCCUUUGUCCCACUCGACACUGUCAUAUCGUACUUUGGCCAAAACGACCAUGCCAGCCACGGCCUCUUGGAACUGCUCCGUGCUGGCGCCACGCUUUCCACCACAGGCGACCUCCCUGUGCUCUCGCAGGACGAGCUCGUGCGGUUGAUCUCCAAGUACGAGAACUACAAGCACAGCAUCCGCAUCCACAGACAGAAGUUGGUACCUAUCGACACCAUUCUUACCAGUUUCAGCAGCGAGCUUGACCACCUCUCGUCCAGCUUGGUGUCGCUUCACGAGAAAUCCAGCCAGCUCUCGUCAGACUCUUCGGUCAGCAGAACCACCACUGACCGUUUGAAUCCCAUCAUCUUGGACCUUAUAAUCUCGCCAGAGGUGGUCAGAUCGCUCGUGCACGACGACGUGGACGCCAAGUGGGUCGAGAACAUCAAGUUCAUCAACGAGAAGCUCCAGUUGAUCGCAGGAAUACAUGAUGGGAAUAGCGAGCAAAAUCCCCUCAUCGAUGCAUACAAGGACUCGGUGGCAUUGCGCCAGUUGGAAGCAGGUGUCCAAUUGUUGAUCCAGAAGGCCAUCGAGCGUAUAAGGGACUACAUCAUCAGCCAGAUCAAGCUUUUGAGAUCCUCCACAAAGGUUUCCUCCCAGACCAUCCAGCAAAACCUCCUCCAGAUCAGAGACGCCUACAUCUUCUUGCAGACCCAUCACGCUGAGUUGGCCAGCCAGCUCAAGCAGGCCUAUAUCUACACGAUGAGAUGGUACUACCAAACCCGGUUCGCAAAGUAUAUCUAUGCGUUGGAAAACUUGAACGUUCGUCACAUUGACCAGAACUUGGUGCUUGGAGGAGCAGGCAACGAAGACAAAGGAAUAUUUGGAUCAGGACUCAAGGGAUGGCUCUCCAGCUCCACCAGCUCCAAUUUACAGAAAGCAAGUCCUCACGGACCCACCAACCAAGUCACCAUGAACGACUACUUGCUGUCUAUUGACAAACGAUUGCAAAUACUAGAAGACAGAAAGUCAUUGGAACCCCAAGCAGCAAUUCCAUCCCAGAUCGCAGAAACCACUCCGUUUGCAUACUGGAUUGAAUUCGUCUACAACCAGUGGUCCAUCGCUUUGGUGGACAACCUUGUGGUGGAAUAUCUAUUCAUGGUCGACUUCUUUUACCAAGGAAGUGAAAAGUUUGAUGAGGUCAAUCAUCCAAAAACUACAAAUGACAAUACCUCAAGCACCAAGCACGAAUGGUCCCACGUCAUGUUUGAUGGGGUGUUCAAGAUGGGUAGGGAAUUCGUCAAUUGGCUUAUCACUCAUGCCCCUGUUUCCAAUAAAGGCACCAACGCAUCUGCUACGGCGGCCAGAUCCAACAUGACCUCGGUUAACCAUGGCACUUGUGACGCAUUCGGAAUUCUUUUGAUGAUCCGUAUGGCCCAACAUUCCCAAUCUUUAAUGCAUAACGAAUUCCAUAUUCCUAUUCUUGACGACUAUUUGAACUCAAUCCUUCUUAUUUUAUGGCCACACUUCACCAAGAUUAUUGAUUUAAAUUGUGAAGCGUUGAAGAAAACUAUUUUGAGAACCACCAAAGAAUCCAAUUUAGCCCCAGUGGGCGUGACACAACAAUUUUCUCAGUUCGUGCUGGGUCUUUUGAAAUUAUCCUUAGCUAAUAAUAAGGAUGGAAACAAGGAUUUCAAAGGAGAACCAUUGUUUAUUUCGAUAAACAGACUCAAAAAUGACUUCGAAAACUUGCUAACAAAGCUAAGCAACCAUUUCUUUGGUACUGGAAAGACAAAGACUACAGAAAAGGAAAUAUUCCUCUACAACAAUUACUUUUUGGUAGUUAGCAUUUUGAAGAACGAGCUUGGGGAAAAUAAGAAGAAAGAAGAAGCAGAGUCUGGGGGUAUCAUCGAGGAGCAGGUGCAACACUUUGAGACAUUGUGCAAUGCUUAUAAGCACUGA